GAUGAGCUGGGAAAGCUGAACACGACCGACAUUGAUUUCCUCUUGGGGCUGUUUGACUUUGAUCGGCUGCCGUAUGCUGCGGACAUUGCAGGGAACCCAAAUCCUGGCGAGGACACUCCUCCGCUGGUUCGGCUGGUGCACUACUCGCUGGAAAUGCUGCAGAAGAAGGCACACAGCAACGGGUUUUUGCUGUUCGUCGAGGACGGGAACAUCCAGGAGGCACACCGAGAGAACAAACCCUACAAAGCAUUCGAGCAGGUGAAACACUAUGCGGGGGCGUUGAACAUGGGCGUCAUGAUGGUUUCCGAGACAAAUACGCUGACGAUUUCGAUGAACGACGUUGGCAGCACACUGUCGAUUCCCGGUUAUGCUAAACGUAACAGCGACGCUCUGAGUGAAGCCGGCACCAGCGAUGUGGACUCCAAGCCGUACCUCAGCCUCGCCUACGCCACCGGCCCAUCGUACGAUUCCUACUACAGCACGGCCGAGGGAGGACGCCUCAACCCGCUGACGGUGCUGAUCGGGACGCCACAGAAGAACGAGCAACGCUGCAAUGCGGCCGUCCCGAUGCAGGAGGGCGUCAACGGCGGAGAGGACGCUUCCGUCUAUGCGAGUGGGCCGUGGGCGUUCAUGCUGUCGGGUGGCUACGAGCAGAACUUCAUUGCCCAUUCCAUCGCUUUUGCGUCCUGCAUCACCGACAUCUGUGACGGAGCAUCCAGUUUGGCCGUUUCCAGCUUGGUUUUGCUGCUGGCUGCUCUGACAAAAUUGCUGCUGGUUUGAGAAAAUGUCUGGAGGGUUACUCAACUUGGAAGAGACCACACUGUAACUACAUCCACUACGGUUCAGUGGCCUAACUUUUUUGCCACUUCUACUAUCUUAGGACUACGAUACUAACUACCCAGUAUGACACUGAAGCUCACUGUUCCUUAUUUACACUAGUGUUUAGCCGUGUUGGUGAAGGUGUUUUUGUACAACUAUUAGAUUUUAAUUAAUAAAAAUAUGAAAAUAAUA